CAUGUCUUCCUUUUCAUUUUUAGACACACAAGUUAGUAGACUAGUGAGCUGCUUACACAGGGGCUUUAUUGACACUUUAUGUUUAGGUAGCCAUGUGCAUAUUUUAGUUAAGUGCUGCUAUGCAGUAGGGGAUUUUGUUACUGUUAGAUGAAUGAGAUUCUUAUAUGAAUCUACUCAUCCAAUGGGUUUAGAACUUUCUGUGCAUCAAUUUCAUGAAUGUAACUUCAUACUAAACACACUUUUUCAUUCUCAUUUCAGUCCAUAUAUACCUCCACAAAAGGUUGCAAUUUUGCCAAACUAUCCUCCUUUGAAUCAUAUCAGUUGCUUGUUGGGUUAUUGCUGCUAAGGCAAGAAAAGAUGGGUGUUUCUAGGCAUCCAUUGGUUUACCUUUCUCUAGCCUUUGCUUUACUUCUUUAUUGUGCUGUUUGUGCAGAGUCAAGAAUCCAAGGAAGAGACCAACAACCGUGGGCAAAUACACUUCAGCAAACGGCAAAUGAUGGUCAUGGCAUGUGGUGCAUUGCUAAGCCAAACACAAACACUUUAAAGCUUUCCCGCAAUAUUGAGUUUAGUUGUCGGCAAAAAGGAGUAGACUGUAGCCCAAUCCAACCAGGUGGUAGCUGCUUCCGUCCAGAAACAACCAUUUCACAUGCCUCUUUUGCCAUGAAUCUCUUCUACAAGGCUGCAGGCAAGCACUCGUGGGAUUGCCAUUUCAAUGGCACUGGCAUCGCUGUUGCUCAGGACCCUUGUGCACCCUCGUUUGGCAGCUUUUGGCACUUGUAUCUAUCCGCUGUGAGGGGAGAGCUUGGGACGAUAAUACGGGAGUGUCUGCUUAAUAAUCUAGUAACUAUAUUAUGAAGAGUUUUAAAUUGUAUUUGCGUAAUUAUGGCUAGAACUAAA